AUGGCAUCUCCCCUCCACAUCGACGAGCUCAUCCGAGCAGCAGAACACCACCACGAGCAAUACAUCCAAACCCUACGCAGUAUUCAAAAUGCCCCUAUUCAUCCGCAGCGCAGACGCGACAGGGCAGACAGUCGCACCACUGUGCCCGAGGCCAUGACUCCUCCUCUUCGCGCGCUCUCUCAUCCCACCUUUGUCAGUCCCGAGUCUCAAGUCCACAAUCCUCACAUCCAUCGCACGCGAACAUCUACAUUAGAAGCUGCCACGGGAGCCUUCUGGCCGUCUCCGAAGCCCAUUGCGCGCUCGACUAUAUCCCACGACUCCGACUUUAUCCCUGACGAGGAGGAGUUGUCGUUUAUCCCACUCCUGGAUCCUUCGUCUGCUGGUUCACGCCCGGCAGAGGAACCUGUGAGUAUCGUAGUAGAUGCCACGUCAAGAGUGCAGAAAACUCUCCACCCGAUGCAUGUCACGGAUGAUUUACUCAUGCGCCAUCUUCGUGAGACGGAGUUCGAUGGGCCCAUGGCCACGGUGCUGGAUGAGGUGGUUCGUCGGAGGCCGGAUAUGGAUCUCGCUGUGCCGUUUCGUGACUUUGCUUCUUUUGAGAGGGAGAGCUACGUGAGCACCACGUUUGAAGUAUAUGAAGUUGCGGCAGAUGCGUCAGCCAAGAAGACGAGCAUUGAUAUCGAUGUUCCGAGCUAUGUGAAGUACAAUGGGGAUGGAUCCCCAUACGAAAGUCCCGAUGGGAUUGUAGAUGCACCGACUGUAUGGGAAGCGAUUCGGGAUGUGAACUCGGACGGCGAAGCCGUUGGUAGAAUCACCAUCGUCCAGGAACCAACACCACUCAUCCUCGCUGCCCUCCACCUCACAAUGGCACCACACUUCGACAUGCCCGAACUCCUAAACCACCUGCUAUCCGAAACACCCAACCGCGGCCGCACCAACGCCAUCAUGCACCGAGCCUUUGAAAAGACUUCCUCCAUCUCGCCAUAUCCCCCAUCCCCAUUCAUACUACCAACGCGGGACGCAAAACCCAACAUCCCACCUCCUCUAUCAUCCACCGCAAACGUCCGCCAACGCUCAUUCUUCUUCGUCUUCAAAUACUACACCUCCGUAGCGGAUGGCCUCGAGCCAGCGCCCUGGCAGAGAUUCGACAAACGCCCUUCUGACAAACGCCUAGGCGACCACAUUGACAUCGCGGAAUGUAGCUCCGUCCUCGCCCUCUCUCUCGGCGGCGAGCCCACCAAACCGCUCCGCAUGAGACCUCGCCGUGAACGUACCAGAGAGGGAUUCCUCUUCGACACCUUUGGCCCCUGGCACCUACUAAGUAUCCAAAGCUUCCCCGACGAUCAACACACCGUCCGUGGAGAAGACUUCCAACAAAAGAGUUUCUACAACGGUCCCUACGCCUUCUUAGACCUCCUCAUAUCAGAGUAUCGCGACGCAGGGCGCCGUAACCAGAUCCUCCACGACAAAAUCACCAAACUUAUUACUCCUCCCACAGAAUUCAUGUUUGACCGCCGUCUCCGCGACAAACUCCUCUUCGAAGACAAACACUUCACCUACAUCCGUCGCUACUUCUGGGCCUACAACACCCUCGCCGUCAUAAACACCGGCAUCAAAGCAAUGGUAGCAGCCUACUUCGACACCUUCACCGACGACUUCUGGUCCGGCACCCACCCCCUCCUGUGGCCGCACUCCGCGCCCUCCUCCCCCGAGGGUCAAGCAUACGCCGAGAAGAUGGCCCUCCUGCGGCGUGAACUUGAAAAAGUCGUCACAGAGCUAGGCGAGGUAUUAAAGCGGAACGAACGCACAAGAAAGGAGAUUGAAAACCUGAGAGACCAGCUAUUCAGCGGUAGUUCCAUCAAGGAGAGCAGACGGGCCAUCGACCAGGGCGACAAUAUCCGAAUCCUGACCAUGAUAAGCAUGCUCUUCCUGCCAUUGACAUUCGUCACUUCCGUCUUUGGUAUCACGGAAUUCACUAUCCCCGCUACGGAUUGGCGCUUCGCAGUGACAAUGGUGCUCGUGUGCGUGCCCUUCAUGGCACUCAUAUUCCUGCUUCAGACGCGCAUAUUCACCCUCGUAGUGAGCAAACUGUACAGAUUUAUGCUGUGGCUCGCCACGGCCCCGUAUAGAAUGUGCACCAGUGUCGAGCAGGAUGUCGAGAAUCGGACGAAUGCGUAUUCGGCCAAGGGACGCAAGAGGCGACUCAUGAUGGCUGUGGCGAAGGGGCGUGCUGAGGCGGAUAAUCGGUGGAAGUGGCCGUGGGAGAAGAAGGUUCUUGUCGAUGCGGACCUGGGGAAAGUGUAA